UCUAUAAAAGGGCUUGCUGUGCAACCUGCCAAACCUACGAGGAAUUGUAUGAAACAAAAUGCUGAGCAAUGUAAGCGGACACCGCUCCUAUGGCAACCAGAGUCCAAUACAAUUUUGUAUGCAAAUAUGGCUGCUCUCAAGUACAUACUAUGCCUGAUUUUUGUCGUGGCCUCCGCGAAUUCCAUGGCUCGCCAACUGGCACCAUUUAGACCAUUGAAGAAAGACAAAUGCAGGAUUCACAACGUAUCUGAUGAGUGGCAAGAUCUUAACACGCAAUGGAAACCAAUAGGAUUGUGCGGAAUCUUCUCAUGCGACGAUACGUUUUCCCUGUAUGGAUCCAAUACUAUAACUCUCAGCUUCUGCCAAACCCCGGCUUUGUUCCAAGAGUGCAAGGAAAAUGUCACAGACACGACUAUGGACUUUCCCGAUUGCUGUUGGACAUGUGUCACUUUCAACAACAAAUGCGAACCCAAAUAAAUACUUGGAAUUCGCAGGAACAUACUCCAAGUAAAUCAAAGCAAACAUGCGGAUUAAAUAUCACAUAAAGUUUAUAAAUAUAAACGAAAC